GUCGGAUCCGAUGAAGAUCGGGAAGAUAGGAAGAAGGAAAAAAAGAAGGACAGCGAAUGUUAAGGCUACACGCUCGUAAAGCAUCCCCUUACUUGGACCAUGAUAUUGGAUCCUUGGCCGUCUCCACCCUCCUCUUUUUAUUCACGGGUAAUAAUUAAAUUUAAAAAAAGGGAGGACGACCAAGAAAGAGAUCAUCGUGGCACUCUUCAGGGAAGUUCUAAGAAUGGAAGCCGUUCGAUGAAGGUGUUGAAGUGAAGCGAGACGCAGUGGAUAUGGACGUGGAUGAGAGGAAGUCUGCUGAAUUAGAGGACAUUACCCGUUUCGUUCUCCCUAAAAGUGGGAACGUCGAUGAAGAUGGAUUGCUAAAUGAAGAUGGUAACUUUUAUGGUUUUUAA